GUGAAUUGAGGUUCAGACAAUCUGAAAAGCCGAGUGAACAUGUUUGCAGAAGCUACGGCUUCAGACAUAGCCAGGGUCGGUGUCUUAAUCUGCUGUUAAAACUUUACAGUUUGUUUUCCCCCCAAUUCACUUAUCUGUCUAUUGAAAAAAAAAAUGUUUUUCUCUCUCCGUGUUCUCCGACAGAGAAACUCCUAGGAGGGACUAAAGAGAGUUGUUUAAACUGCUGGGGGAGUAGUUUCUUUCGUCCCUCGACUUACGAUAGGCUUCUGGGUGAAUGAGUGGGUGAAUAAAGGGAUUUCCAAAGCUCGGUGCACAAUAGACAGACAAAGAGAGAGAGAGGGAGGGAGGGAGAAGAAGAAGAAGAAGAAGGAGAAGAAGAAGAAGAAUAAGGAGAAGGAGAGCUCCGUCCCUGGGCAGCUUGUGCUGGGAGCCCCUGGUGCUCUGGGAUGCUUCAUCCUGCGGUCAGUGCGCGACUCUCCGCAGCCCGAAGCCCCUCUCAGCCGCUUCGCCCGGGCGCUUCCUCACGCCAUGAAGCAGCGCGUCUUCAUUCUCGCAAUCGGCUCGCUCCUAAAACCCAGGCACUUCCCGGCCAAGGUAUUCUUAAGCGUCGUUCACAUUUUGACCAUCGCAGUUGCAGCCAGCAAGACAGGUGUCAGGAACAAAUGCACUGCUGAAAAAACGAACCGUUGCAGCGAAUGCCUCCUCCUGGGUCCUGAAUGUGGAUGGUGUUUUCAAAAGGAUUUUUCUGAUAAAUCACUGCAUAGAUGUGACUUGGUUACCAAUCUAAUUGAAAAAGGCUGCAAAUCAGAUUUCAUUGAAUUUAUUGAAGUCAAAAAAAUAAUAGAAGAAGAAUCACAAAAUUCCCAGCUGACUCCUGGAAAAGUCUCUUUACAGCUGCGACCAGGCAGUGAGACAAGUUUUACAGUGAAAGUUCAGCAACUAAACAAAUAUCCAGUGGACCUGUACUAUUUGGUUGACACAUCAGCGUCAAUGGUGGCUAAUCUGGAAAGAUUACACUCAAUGGGACAUUUUUUAUCACAAAAAAUGGCAAAAUAUUCCAGUGAUUUCCAAUUUGGAUUUGGAUCAUUUGUUGAUAAGCCAGUGUCUCCAUUUAUUAACAUUCAUCCAGAAAAACUUAUUAAUCCUUGCAGUAUUUAUGAAACAUCCUGUCUGCCAGCACAUGGGUUUAAGCAUGUAUUAUCUCUGACUAAUAAUAUAACUGAAUUCAGAAAAGCUGUGGAGAGACAAAGAAUCUCUGGAAAUGAAGACACACCAGAGGGAGGUUUGGAUGCAAUGCUACAAGUUGCAGUUUGUGAGAGUCAAAUAGGAUGGCGUAAGGAAGCAAAACAUUUGCUGCUGAUGAUAACUGAUCAGCUAUCUCACUUGGCGCUUGACAGCAAAUUGGGUGGCAUUGUCCUACCUAAUGAUGGGAACUGCCACCUAAAGGACAAUAUGUACACCCAUUCAACUAUUAUGGCUGGAGAUUGCCCAGGAGUGAGGUGGGCACUCAGCCUAGAGCAUAUCCUCAUGGAGGUGCUGUCAACCAGGAGAUCAUGCGUAAAGUGCUACAGACUGCUUUCUGAAGUAGAACUGCAGGUGGACAACCAAAUCAAUGGGGUCUACGUGAACAUUACUGCAAUCUGUCCUGAUGGCACCAAACACCAAGGCCAAAUUAAGUGCAGAAAUGUGAAAGCCAAUGAUACAGUUUUAUUUAAUAUAACAGUUGGGAUGACAGAUUGUUUUGAAGGCGACAACGACAUCAUUUUAAAGCCUGUUGGAUAUAAUGAAACAACUGUUAUUUCUAUAAGUAGCACUUGUGCAUGUCAGUGCAAAGGACAGAAAGGUUACAGUGCUGGUAAAUGCUUCAAUAAAGAGCUUGACCCAGACUGUAGACUUUGCCACUGUGAAGACAGAGUUGCUAAUUCUUCCUGCAAAGAACAAUGCCUCAUUGAAAAUUGUCGGCAGAAAAAAGAACAGCCUGUGUGCAGCAAUCGAGGGAUCUGCAACUGUGGGAAAUGUUUAUGUUACCAGACCAAUCUAGGUAGAGUGUUUGGAAAAUAUUGUGAGCUGGAUGACUUCUCUUGUCCUUAUCACCAAGGACGUCUUUGUGCAGGCAAUGGAGAAUGUAAAAGAGGUGAAUGCCAAUGCUUUGCUGGCUGGGAAGGUGAAAGCUGUAACUGUUCGUCCUCCCUAAUGUCCUGCAGGACAGGACAGGGUCAGAUCUGCAGUGGAAGAGGGACAUGUAUCUGUGGUAGAUGUCAUUGCACUGAAUCCAGAGCCUCUGGUCAUUUGUGCGAGAUUUGCCCAACAUGUGAAAAUUCCUGUGAAAACAGCUGGAAGUGUGUGCAGUGUCAUGUGUUAAACUACUGGGCAGUGUAUCCUGCCAAUUGUACAAAAGCAUGUUCUCAAAUGGUGUUGGUGGACCAGCUUUCAGAAUCAGAGGAAGAAAAAGCACAACACUGCAUUUUUCAGGCGCAAAAUAACUGCUUAUACAAAUUUAUGAUGGUAGCAACUGACACUGAAAAAGAAUAUCUUUAUAUAUUGAGAAACCCAGAAUACUACUCUAGCUACAAUAUCCUUGCAAUGUUUCUUGUCUUCUCUGCUGGUACAGUUAUUACUGGAUUAUUCAUUGUGAUGGUAAUCAGGCAAAUAAUGAUGCACUGGAAUUCAAAUGAAACAAAUCAUCCUGGAAACAAUUGCAAAGUAUCUCCUCCACAAAAGGGAAAACCUUCAUUACCUAUAGUUAGUUCAGAAACUACAGCAUUCAGGCGUGACAAGCCAGAGGACCUCCAUGUGUACAUCAACAAAAUAACUGUGAGUAAUUCUAUGGUGCACUGAUGACAGUCUAGCCAUAAAAUAAUGCUAUCACAACCUUCAGCUGUAUAAUUUAUCUAAAUGAAUGAUCCAUCAAGACAGGGAGAUGUUCUUCUGAAUCAAACAUGAAGAGAAGUUUUGAAGAAUUGACACAGUAAAUACUUAUAUAAAAUCAAAGAUCUGCGGAUGCUGGAAAUAUGAAAGAAAAAUAGAAAGUGCUGGAGAAUCUCAGCAGGACUUGAGAUGUUAACUUUUUUUUUUACCCUCUACAGACGUUGAUUUUCUCCGGCAUUCUCUGUUUUUGAGUAAAGGUUUAUGUUCAUUAUUAUGUGACAACAUGCUUCCUGCAGUGGAUUAUUCUGGUUGCUGUUCGUUCCCAGCAUUUAUUGCACAUGCUGUGAUGCAGUACAAAUAUUUGUCAGUUCUAUAUAUGAAUAUAGAAAUAAUGCUGCACAAGUCAGCAGCCAAGCACUUAACCCUUGCAUUAUUAUUCUACCUGUGCCACUUUAGCUCUAGCAGUCACCUAUUAAAAUAAACUAUUAUUUGUAUUGGAAUGUUGUCCAGAGGAAUGGCAAAUGGUACAUUGUGUUUGUUAACUAAGACUGCAAAAUGUAUUAUCUGGAUGUAUGUUCUCAUAUAUGCAGUACCUUCUGACAGUUGAGAGAGAAAUAGUGUGAUUUUACAAAGUAAUGCCCUAAAACUUGAGUCAAAUGGGCUUGUAACUCUCAGCAUUAAUAACAAGAAUUCAUGUUCUCUGACAAAAAAUGGAAAGCAUUAAAAUCAUCAAAAUUAUGUUGUGAUAUCUCUUCAGUUUGCAAGUUGCUUUAUUAAGACUGUUUCUUCCCAGCAAAGCAACAUGCUAUUUUCUUGUUUCUUAUCUGCAUGAUUAUCUUUCAUACAUUUAAUAAGUGCAUUGAUACUACUGAUGUAAUUGAAUGAGGCACAAGGUGUGGAAUAACUGAAAAAUGUUGAGGGCAACUGUUGGAGAAUAAUUAUAGGUAAAGUUUAUUUUACAAUAAUAUUUAAUGUUCAGUUAUUUUACAGUAUUUUUCUGCUAUGAAGUUAUUUGGUUAACACUGUGCACUUUAGAAAACAAUGUAAUUAGCAAUUGAUGAUUUAACUGUUAAACUUUCUCACAUUAAUUACAAAAAUUGGCCAAUAGUUUUAGGUGCCAGUCCAAUUCCUAACAGAAUCUAAACUUGCACUAACAAUUAAAAAGGUUUUUAUUUAUUAUGAGUUAUAGUUUUAGUAGUUUUAAAUGCUCAUUUAAUGUCUGAUCCUGAGUCAUCCUGUUAAUUUAUUUGAUUGCUUUGUAUUGGAGACUAUUUUUUAGGUUUACUUUUGAUCUUGUAAAAAGUUAUGUCUUGCAAAUGUUUAAUAAACCAUAUUAAUAGAUCAUUUAUCUUAAGAUAUUGUUUAAGCAAAAUCUUACCAAAUGGUUUAUUCUUUCAGUUUGACAUAAUGAAGAUAGAUGUAUCUUUCACAGUUGCUGCUAAUGACUCAUCACACGCAGUUAAUCUGAAAAAUCCUACAAGAUUCCCCUAAUGAAUUCCAUGUUGCACUUUUCACAUGCAGAAUAGGUGAACCAGGACCUCUUAACAAGGGCUUGUUGGAUGGAAGAGGGAGUGGGUGGAUGUGGGGAGGGAAAAUUUCUGGAGGGGCCAUGCUCUGAUGAGCGCAGGAUGACUGGGAAUGAGGCACUCUGCACUUUGCUGACCAGAACAUUACAUGGUUAAAUCUAGCAGCCUACACAAUGACUGCAGGCCUUUCUCUUGCUGCCCAUUAAAUGGAAUGGUGACAGAUCGAAUUAAGCCACUGAUGGUUCAUCUGCCUGAUGCCUGCCCUGCAACCCACAAACCUUUGGUGUGGGACUACUGUGGAAGGGCGCAACUCCUUCAUUAGUGAAUCCACCCAACAGUUUUACUGUGUGUGCAUUGCCUGUAUUCAGCCCAAAUUCAUGUGAGAUAUCAAAUCUGGGAAGACUAAAUUAAUGAAGCAUUUCUUUUAUUAAGUAUCACUGACUAGCUACUGAGCUAGGCUAUCCUUACAGUGUAUUGACUUUUGAAUAAACCAGUCUGGUUUGCUUAAACAAUGAACCUAGCGUUGAAUAUGUUCAUUUUUGUAGCAUUGUUUUAUAUUUGUUUGAGUAGCAUUGUUGUAAUAUGAUAUGGUUUUAAACUAUUUUUAGAAUAAAAAAAAAUUAAGUUUG